CCCCCUCCCUUGCUCGUGCUCUCCUCCUUCCUUUUCUUUCGCCUGCCAUUCCCCCGCCCCCCUCUGCCCCCCCCCCCACCGGCGUCUCGAAGGCUCUCGCCACGGUCCCUCGCCCUCCCGCGCGCGCGCGCGCCCUCCCCGAGCCGGAGUGCCUCCGUCUCGCCAACAUGGCCGGGCCCGAUGUCAUCGAUCUCGUCGAUUCCUCCUCCGAUGAGGAGGGGGACCGGCGUCAGGUGGCCACAGCCCGGCUCCGCCGCCCCGGGUCCCGGCAUGCGAGCGCGGCCGCGGCAGCCCCCAUGCCGGCCGGGGCCGAGGCAGCACCUCCGGCGAUUUCAUCGACCCGCUCCCGUCGUCGGCGGUCUCCCAGCCCGAGCGACGAGUAUCACCCCUCGAAUUACAGCAGCCACCGGUACGCCGGCCGGCAGCCCACCCUGCAGGAGUCCGUGGCCAAGCUGCGUGCCACGUCCGAGCGAUACCUCGGUUCGAGUGGCGGCGACAGCGGCGCCUCCUCGUCGGUCUUCUCGUCCACCGGCACCGAGACCAUGCGCCUGCGCGGUCGGCGCCUGAUCAUCAACAUCGCCCCGGCCCCGCUGGCCCCGCUGCUGGAGCCGUUCCGCGGGAAGGUCCCCCCGGCGCCGACGCUGCCGGUGCGCACGGUCGACGGGUCGACUGUCGAGCCUCUGUCGCUGCCCUUCGCGGCGUACGGGCGCGCGUGCGGGCAAACACCCCUGGGCCUGUCGGCCGAUCUGGAUCUGUCGCUCCUGCCACAGCGCGUCACGGACCCGGGCAGCCCGGAUGGGCCGGGCCCGAAGCUCGACCGGUCGGCCAUCGGCGGUCUUUACUUUUUCUGGCGCGGGCGCCGGCUCAACCCCAGCAUGUAUCCCUUUAUGAUCGGCAUGAUCCCGGACCCCAGCCAGCCGGGGCUGCCUUCGCCCGUGGAGCUGCUGGUCGCUCCAUACCCCUACUGGCCCACGGCCGAGGCAUUGCGCGGCCAGCAGUCCGAUCUGCCGGCCAUCGUCCAGCUGACCAACCCCUCAUCGGCCGAGGGCAAGAGCGCCUUCGAAGCUCCCGAUGGGCAGACAUCCCCCGACACGAAGCACGGGGCUUCGCCCGGUCCUCGGGGCCCGUUGCCCGAGCCGCCGGCCGUCCCGGAGACCGGCAUGUUUUCCCUGGCCUGGGCCGAGUCGAUUGUCAACCUGUUGACAUCCGACGAGGAGGCCGAUGCCGCGGAUAGCCAGUCGCCCCUGGCCCUGGAGCCCAUGGGCGGCGACCUGUCCCCGAAGCCCGGGGGGAUGGCCCCGGGCUCGGCAUCCUCUCCAUCGUCUGCCGGGCAGGCUGCUGAUCACUCGGCCACCGGGCCGUCGCCCCUGUUGGAUGAUCUCUUGAGCUUGACGGCCUUUGCCGAGGAGGAGACCGUCCUCUUGCGCUUCAACUCCGCCACUCGGGCCUCCAUCACCAAGCGCGUGUCACGAAAUGCCACGGUCGCCGAUCUGAUCUCUCAACUCCUUGAGGUGGAUUUCCCCCACGCCCAGGGGAUAUCCCUGCGCUUUGAUGGGGAGGUACUCUCCCCGGAGGAGACCCCCGCCUCGCUGGACAUCGAGGACGAGGACAUCGUGGAUGUGGUGCUUACUGGCGGCGGCGGCGGCGGCGACGGCGGGGUUUGA